AUGGGAAACUCUAACGGUGUCCUCGUAAGUGUAGAUGUAGGAAUACAUCCGGGAACGGGAGGUAGAGCCGUUACCAAUAACAAGGGAGUUUACACAUAUACUUAUAAGGAUAGAACUAUAACAAUUUCGGAGGAAAGGCGUGAUACCCUUCCUGGGUACAAGGCAAUAAAGCACCAGAAGACUGUGGGUGAAUCUUGCAGUCUUUAUCAGGGAGCAACAGAAUUUCAUGGAUUUGUAGAUUUGAAAAGCUAUGGUGAUAUCUACGCUUACUUUUGGCAAGGUGAUGAUGAUUAUAAAGUACCUUUGGUUAUCCAACUUGGAGAUGCAGAUAACUACUACAUUAGUGAUGUUAACAGUACGACAUGGAGAAGGGCGUAUGGCAUCACCUUUAGAACCUUGAAAAAUGAUACACUCAAGAAUUUACUUGACAGGGAAAACUGUAAGAAAAACAGAGCCCAUGUUAUGGAGAUUUCCAAGGGGAAGGAAGGACCGUAUAAAUGUUCACUACCUACUUGUGACAAGGAAAUUGUCGAGGUCUCAUUUAACAAACCAUUACCAUAUGCACAUUCAGUAAAAGUCAUGGGUAGUUCCAUAACUAGGUUUGAAAAUGAAAAUAAAUCACAGAAGGGAUUACCAUUUCCAAAGAAGGUGAAUUAUGUAUAUGUAUAUUUUGACCUCCAAAAAUGUGAGAUGCCACUUCUCAUUUGCAUAGACCCUCUUAACAUGGAAAAUAAGUGGCAAGGAUACACAGGCUGUAAAUGGUACCAAAGAGAUAAGGUAGAUACUAAUGCUUGGAUACAAGUUAAUAAUAAACCGACAAGUCCAAAUGACUCCACUAGGAUACUGGAAAUUCUCAAGGAAUAUCUUCCAAAUAUCCUGUCAAAAAUAGAACACGUUCAAAGAGCAGAGAAAUCUUCCAAUCUGGAGACUACUCCAGUGAUUAAUCCAGAUUUCACCCUUGAUAUUGCUCAUCUUCCUCAUCUUAAAUUUAAAGAUCCUGAGGAAAUUUUAGAUAUACCAGGAUAUUCUUAUCCUCUGGACUAUAGAGAUAUUUAUCCAUCUUCGAUACCCGAUGAGAGAUCUUCUGGUGGCAAGAUAGUAACGCAAACAGAUGUGAUUUUAGAUAUUCCGGAAUUAUAUGAAACAUCGGCUGAAGAUCCAGUUUUUCCAAUGGAUACAACUCUAGGAUCUGUUACUCCAUAUGAAUCUUGGACAGAGAACUUUGAAGUAGUUUUAUGUGAUAGGAGUUCCCCGGAUCACAAAGUUACCGUUGAUUUUGGACCAAGUGAUUCCUUUGAAGUAUUUUAA